CUCACGCAUCAAAUACAUUCAUGGUGAAGAAGAAACCACUGAGACGCACCGAGUUAAAACCGAUCGAAUUGUGACGCAGAGAAUGCGCACGAUAAUUCAAAGGGUAACGCUUAAGAAAGGGAAAAGGCCAUCCCAUAGUUACAAGUUGGAGACUUAAGGAUCACUAAAAAGAAAGGGAUUAGGAUCUGUCUACACCCUAAUCCCGGCACAAGACGAGAGAGUGAGUGGGAAGCAAAGAAAAAAGCACAGAUGAACAAAUGCGAGGGAGUGGCUGAUUCUGAAUGACCAACCCGUCAAAUGUUAAAUGGGAGGAAAAACAUGCGAGAGGACAGCACCAAAGAGAGCCGUGUGGAUCCUCUUUAUAGCACCCAGGCAACAAUCACAGCCUUUUUGCCACUCCACUCUGAUCUCUGGUCUAUUUUUAUCCUUGGUUGAGACAGCGCGCCAAUUAAAUCAGGCAUAUCUGCUGAGAGUCGAGCAGAUGCAGGAUUGAGAGAAAGGGAAAGUUCUCUGUUCACCUAGCUGCUUGGCUGAAGAAGCAGACGACCCUUAACAUCUGCUUGUUUGCGCUUGGAUAUGUGUGUAACCUUGAGCUGAGAUGUGACGAAAAAGAGCUUGUUUUGUAAAUUGUCGCAGGAGUUCAGGACAUCAUGUGAAGGUGCUGCCUUAGUUCCAGUCUCUUGCCAUGAGUUAAGCCCCCCAGUGGCCUGUGGCAAGAUGACUGCCGUCUACCCGGCUGGGGGGGUUUCGGUUGGGGUCUCAGCUCUGGCCACAGUUCCCCAGCGUUACGCACGAUGGAGUCGCCAGGACAGCUCCGACAUCUGCACAGACGACGAGGGGACCCAGUCGCGUCGUCUUACUCCACUGGAAAAGCUAAAUUUGGACAUGUGCCAAGAUGAGAAGAUGGUGAGAGAGCUCACAUUGGGCCGCCGCAUCGGCUUCUACAAGAUCCGCGGUGAGAUCGGCUGUGGAAACUUUUCUCACGUCAAGCUAGGCAUCCACGCUCUGACGAAAGACAAAGUAGCCAUUAAGAUCUUGGACAAGACCAAGCUUGAUCAGAAGACCCAAAGGCUGCUCCGGGAGAUUUCCAGCAUGGAAAAGCUGCACCAUCCAAAUAUCAUCCGUCUUUAUGAGGUAGUGGAGACACUGACCCGUCUGCACCUGGUCAUGGAGUACGCAAGCGGAGGGGAGCUGUAUACAAAGAUCAACACUGAGGGGAAGCUCUCCGACAUAGACAGCAAGAUUGUCUUCUCUCAGGUUCUCUCAGCUGUAAAGCAUAUGCAUGACAACAACAUUAUCCACAGGGACCUGAAAGCAGAGAAUGUAUUUUACACCUGUAGCACCUGUGUUAAAGUUGGAGACUUUGGCUUCAGCACCGUCAGCCGUCGUGACGAGACCCUUAACACCUUCUGCGGUUCUCCCCCUUAUGCGGCCCCUGAGCUCUUCAGAGAUGAACACUACAUAGGCGCUUGCGUGGACAUCUGGGCAUUGGGUGUCAUGCUCUUCUUCAUGGUGACUGGCACCAUGCCCUUCCGUGCCGAAACAGUAGCUAAGCUAAAGCGCUAUAUCCUGGAUGGGGCAUACACAGUGCCUAUGUGGGUACUAGAACCUUGCCAGAAACUAAUCCGGGGCAUUCUGCAACCCCAGCCAGCCGACCGUUACAGUGUAGAACAGAUGAUGGGCUGUGAGUGGCUGCUUCCUGUGGAGUUUCCCAAAGCCAUUGAGCCCUUUAAAUUGGACCCACUCCACCUGGCUGAGACUGGCCCAGGGCAGCUAGAGGAGCAUGAGAUAGAGAUGAGGAAUGCCCUGGAGACACUUGGAAUCACAGCAGACCACAUUCGUAACAACCAGGGCAAAGACUGCAGGAGCUCCAUCACUGGGGUUUAUCGUAUUCUCUUACACCGGGCACACAAACGACAAGCAGUGGAGAGCAUGCCAGUAGUUACCCAUGUAGUGAAUGGAACUGAAGCUAAAAAAGACCGUUUGAAGGUAUACAGGAGCCUUAGACAUACAUCUAAACUUUGCAUCAUUCUGUGACGCUAAAAAUGGGGCAACCUUUGAUAUAUAUUAGGAAUGGAUUACUCACUGGAACUUAGCUAUUUUUGUUUGAUAUACCUCUUUUUGUUAUCUUUUUCAUUGAAAUUAGUUCAACUAAUGCUUCAAAUAAAGUAGUCUAAUUUAAAGGAAAGUA